CUGGCCUGGCCAGGAGGGAGGUGGCAGGAUUUUCUCUUAUCUGAAAUGGCAGAAUGGGGGUUUUCUGGCUGCAUAGAUAUUGCAGAUAGGAGCUAUAUCCCCCUCAUGUACAAACCAACUGAGAAUAGAUAUGUGUACUGGUGCCACAAAAAA